AUGCCUUUCCCUAUGAAGAUCCAACCAAUAGAUAUUGAUUCUCAGGCACCGAUUCGAGCUGAACCGGCGAAACCGGUGUUGAAAUCGCGUCUAAAGAGACUCUUUGACCGGCAGCUACCAAGCGUGUUGAGGAUUUCCUCCGUGGAAAAGCCACCUAGCAGUGAAGCUCAGUAUGUGGCUAAUGGUAAAGAUGAUCAGUUUGAGCCGAGCUCUGUUUGUUUGGCUAAAAUGGUGCAGAGUUACAUGGAGGAAUCCAACGACAAGCCGUUUCGUGGCCGCCAUCGCUGCAAUUGCUUCAACGGCAAUGGCAACGACAGCUCCGAUGAUGAAUUUGAUGUCUUCGGUAAUGGUUUCGGAGAAUCAAUCGGUACGGCUCCUUCUGGCGAUGCCUGUGAUUUUCUCAAGAGUUUGAUUCCCUGCGCGAGUGUUGCGGAGAGAAAUCUAUUGGCAGACACUGCAAUGAUUUUGGAGAAGAACAAGAAUCACAAACAGAAAGACGAUUUUUUGAGAAAGAUCGUGACCGAUGGAUUAACAUCUCUCGGCUACAAUUCCUCUAUUUGCAAGUCUAAAUGGGAUAAAUCCCCCUCUUUCCCUGCUGGUGAAUAUGAAUAUGUGGAUGUGAUAAUUGAAGGAGAGAGAUUGUUAAUUGAUGUUGAUUUCAGAUCGGAAUUUGAAAUAGCGAGAUCGACUGGGGCCUACAAGGCGAUCCUGCAAUCGUUGCCGUACAUCUUCGUCGGGAAAUCAGAUAGGCUUGGACAGAUUGUGUCGAUUGUGUCGGAGGCAGCCAAACAGAGCUUGAAGAAGAAAGGCAUGCACUUUCCUCCUUGGAGAAAAGCGGAGUACAUGCGUGCUAAAUGGCUCUCGCCUUAUGCCAGAUUAAACGAAAACGUUUUGAACGACAACAGCAACAAAACUGAAGGGCCAAAAGAGGAGUUUAUGGAGAGUGAUGAUGAUUGUUGUGGAGAGUUUGAGCUGAUUUUUGGAGAAAAGUCGACGUUGGAUUCCGAGUCGUCAAUUUCGUCGCCGGAGAAAAGUUCCUGCGAGGAUGAUGAAUUUAAGGUGGAGACAGUGGCGUGGCAGCCACCGGCUGUGAAACCGAAAGGUGUAGAGAGAGGAGCCAGGAUGGUGACCGGAUUAGCUUCUCUCCUCAAAGAGAAACCAUAA